AGAUCUCUGUAAGAGUAAAGAAAGAAAGAAAACAUAUAACAGAAACAUUUUCAUUUCUCGAAAGCUAGCUAAAAUGGUGAUAACAGUGGCUCCAAGAGUUGAGAGUUUAUCAAGCAGUGGGAUUCAAUCUAUCCCAAAAGAAUACAUUCGUCCAAAAGAAGAGCUAACAAGCAUCGGCAACGUCUUCGAAGAGGAGAAAAAAGAAGAAGGGCCUCAGGUUCCAACCAUUGAUUUGAAAGAAGUGGAUUCUGAAGAUGAAGUUGUUCGCGAGAAAUGCAGAGCAGAGUUCAUAAAAGCUGCCAAGGAAUGGGGAGUUAUGCAUUUGGUUAACCAUGGAAUUUCUGACCAACUUAUUGAACGCGUUAAGAAAGCUGGAGAAGCUUUCUUCGAUCAACCUAUGGAGGAAAAAGAAAAAUAUGCAAAUGAUCAGGCUUCAGGGAAAAUCCAAGGCUAUGGCAGUAAGCUUGCUAAUAAUGCUAGUGGGCAGCUAGAGUGGGAGGAUUAUUUCUUCCAUCUUAUUUAUCCUGAAGACAAACGCGACUUGUCUAUUUGGCCUAAAACUCCCUCUGACUACAUAGCGGCGACCAGUGAGUAUGCGAGGCAACUAAGAGCACUAGCUACCAAAAUGCUGUCAGUACUAUCACUUGGCUUAGGACUAGAAGAAGGAAGACUAGAAAAAGAAGUUGGUGGGCUUGAAGAGCUUCUUCUUCAAAUGAAGAUUAACUAUUACCCUAAAUGCCCACAGCCAGAACUUGCUCUAGGAGUUGAAGCACACACUGACGUUAGUGCUCUCACUUUCAUCCUCCACAAUAUGGUGCCUGGCCUGCAACUCUUCUACGAAGGCAAGUGGGUCACUGCAAAAUGCGUCCCAAACUCCAUAAUCAUGCACAUCGGCGACACGAUUGAAAUACUGAGCAAUCGCAGAUACAAGAGUAUUCUUCACAGAGGACUAGUUAAUAAGGAGAAGGUAAGGAUUUCCUGGGCAGUUUUUUGUGAGCCACCGAAGGAAAAAAUUAUCCUUAAGCCAUUACCUGAAGUUGUGACUGAAGAAGAGCCUGCACUGUUUCCUCCUCGCACUUUCGCUCAACAUAUUGAGCAUAAGCUGUUUAGGAAGAGCCAAGAGGCUCUUGCUAAUAAAUAACGAGCUAUUGUCAGUUGGCUCACUACACAUGUCCUAUAGACUAAAAUGUCGAUUUACGACUGUUAUCAUGUGAUGUUGUUUUUUUUUUUUUAAAUGUUUUGAACUUUGAUUAUGCAGACAGGUAGGUUAAAUAAAAAGGUGCAGUUAUGUGUUUGUUUUCCAAAUUUGGUUCAUUUGUACUUUCUACCUGCUUUAUUGAAAAAUAAUAAAAUUCUAUGUUUUGUUUUUAA